AUGCUAGCGCAGUCUAGCAAGCGGUCGCCGCUGUCCCGGCUCGCCGUCGCGCAACAACGUCGUGGUGGUCCGCUCACCGGCUCCGCCGCAGCCUUGUCGACGUCGUCAACUUGGCAGUGGCUGAAAUCGCUCUUCUCGCCGCCAACGCCGGCACCAGUCACGCAAGCCAGUGGUCCGUCGAGCGUCGCCGCCGGCGCGCCAGCUGCUAAUGCGUUGCAGCCGCGCGGUCGGGUCACUGGGAAGCUCUGCGUCGCGGCGAUCGAUCCGCCCCCCAACUUUGACGCCUCGUGCGCCGCGGUUGCCCGUGCGGUGGCGGGCGCCGAGACGGUUCUUCUCGCCGUGUGCAAGGCUGACCUGCUGCCGCAGCUCUCGCCGGGCGAGCUCGAGUCGCUCCGGCGGCGGUUCGAACGGCGGCGACCCGGCGUAUCGUGCGCCUCCGCCUUUGGGGAGAGCAGCACUCGGCCGCUCGCAGCGGAGGUGCUGGCGCAGGCGUCCCGGGGCGGGCACAGCGAGCCGUUGGCUCCGCUGGUUGCACGCUUGAGCGCCCGCCCGGAAGCAGUCGAGGCUGGCUCGUGGCGGCGGGUGCCGGUCGGCGUCGGCCGCAAGGCUGUCCUCGAGCUGGUGGGCGACGGCGGCCGUGGCGGCGGGGGAGAGGUGUUGGGGAGGGCCGAGGUCGUGUUUGCGGGCGGCGGUGGCGGCGAGGAGGAGCAGGAGUUGGCGGAACUCAGCGCGGGUCUGCUGGCGAGGCUCUACUCCUUCAUGGGCGGGCACGCGCUGGACGUGGAGUGGGCGGGUGUGGGGUGGGUCUCCCUCUGCGCGCAGAGCCCGUUUGUCGUCACGCCGCUCUCUCCCGCCGGCUGCAUCGCGUCCGCCCGGAGGCCGCUAUACGCCCGCUCGGCGGAGCUGGGCGGGCCGACGUACGCGCCCUACCUGUCCGAGGCAGGGCUGGCGGAGGGCCUCGAGAGCGGCGAGCUGGCAAAGGGGCGUCUGCAAGUGACAUACAGCAACCCUCAGAAUGCGUUCGUGGCGGGCGGCGUCGGGCAGGCCCCGGCGGUGUCGCUCUUUGGCCGAAGGGCACUCAACCGGGCGCUGCACGGCGAUGAGGUUGCGGUGCGGAAGGGGGGGGCGGCCGAGGCGGCCGAGGCGGGCGAGGUUGGCAAGGGUGAAGCGACGCGGAGGGGCGAGGGCGAGGGCGAGGGCAGCGAGGUGGUUGGGCUGCUGCGGCGGGUGGAGCGGCUGCUCGUCCUGCACACGGGCAAGGAGGAGCCGGUGGGCGGCCGCUGGUCUUCCUCUCCGCCACUCGCCCUCCCAAGGGAUGGCCGCUACCCGCCGUUUGAGCUGUCGGCAAGCUGCUCGCCCGGACAGCUCGCCAGUGGACACCAGUCAAGUGGACACCAGUCAAGUGGACACCAGUCAAGUGGACACCAGUCAAGUGGACACCGGUCGGGCCAGCUGGUCGCCGCGAAGGUGGGCAGCUGGGAGGUGGAGCAGACGCACCCGUCGGCGACGGUGGUGCGGGUCCUGGGCGAGGCUGGGACGGCGGCGGCGGAGUCGGAGGCGCUGCUCGUGGAGAGCGACGUGCGGCUCGAGCCCUUCUCGGACGAGGUGGAGGCGUGCCUUCCGCCCGCCGACUGGAGCAUCUCCGCCCGCGAGAUUGCGCGCCGCCUCGACCUGCGCGACGCCGCGGGCGUCGACAUCUUCUCGAUCGACCCGCCCGGGUGCGUGGACAUCGACGACGCCCUUCACUUGCGCACUCUCUCGCCGGGCGUCUUCGAGGCAGCCUCGCGCGGCGAGACCUUCUACCUCGUCAACACGCGGGCAAACAUGAUCCCGCCGCGCCUGUCGGAGGACCUGUGCUCGCUGCACCCGCACGUCGACCGGCUCGCCUUCUCGGCCCUCUUCACCAUGGACGAGCGAGCAAACCUCCUCUCCACGACCUUUGCGAAGAGCGUGAUCCGCUCCGCCGGAGCCCUCUCCUACGCCGACGCGCAGGAGCGGCUAGAGAGGGAGGGCUGCCCCGAGCCGCGCACGGCCGCGCUGCAGACGCUCGGCCGCCUGGCGGCGGCGCACUCGCUCAUUGAGGAGUUCAUGGUCCUCGCCAACUGCGCCGUCGCGAGGCGCGUCGCCGAGGCGUGGCCGGAGGCGGCGCUGCUCCGCCUCCACCCGCAGCCGGAGGAGUCAAAGUUUCGCGCCCUCGCCCGCGCGCUCGAGCAGCAAGGGAUGCCCUUCCGGGCGAGCGGCGCGCGCGAGCUGGCCGCCUCCCUCUCCCUCGGAGCGCACGAGCUGGCCGCCUCCCUCUCCGCCUGCACGAAGCCGGCCGACCCGCACUUCAACCACCUCGUGCGCCUCAUCUCGACACGCUGCAUCGCGCCCGCAAAGUGCUUUCGCUACCGCACCACCCUCGGGGCCGAACCCACACUGGAUUCGGCGACGGUCAGCGACGCGUACGUUGUCCGCGUGGCCGAGUCGGGCGUGACGCUGCUCGUGCCGGAGCACGGCUUCGAAGGCUACUCGCACCUCGCCCCCCCGGGCGGCGCCAGCCCCUUCCGCUACGACAAGGAGCGGGAGGAGCUGUCUGCGGGCGGGUGCCGCCUCCGUAUGCUCGACCGCGUGCGGGUGCGCAUCUCCGUCGAGCUCGGCCCGCUCAGCAAGCCGCGCCUCGUUCUCGCCAUCGUCGAGCCGAAGCUGCCGAAGGGCGCGGCCGCCGCUCCUCGGCCGACGGCCUUCCAGGAGGCCAUCGCUGAGGAGGCGGCGAGCCCGCGAGGGGGGUCGAGGCGGGGAGGCGGCAAGAAGGCGUCUCGGCAGCAGAGGUCGAGGGGCAACCCGAGGUCGGCCCGCAGGCAACCCGCGGAGUUCCGCGUCCAGCGGAGUUGACAGAGCGAUCGCGCAACCUGAACUGUCGUGCGAACGAUCGACUUUCUGUGGACUAUCGCAGCAUAUGCACGGCCCGAACACGCGCGGGGCCCCGCCACCAGCACAGUGCAGCACCAAUAUCUCUUUUUUAAGCCAUAGA